AUGUGGAAGAGAACUGACCAUCAACCCAAGAUCAAAGCAGGGGAUGGACCUAAGGCAUGUCAGUGCAAGGAAACGGGCUCAGCUUGGAAACCUGCCAUGCCACACCCUCUAGAGCUUUCAGAAUUCCAGAGCUUCCAGGUGUUUGAGGACAUUAGAUAUUAUGUCAAAGAAGUGGGGGCCCAGCUGGUAAAGAAAGUCAAUGCCAUCUUUCAGCUGGACAUCACCAAAGAUGGGAAGAUCGUUCUGCAGUGGACCAUUGAUCUGAAGAAUGGGUCAGGGGACAUGUAUCCAGGAUCUGCCAAGAUCCCAGCAGAUACUAUUUUCACAAUCCCAGAACCUGUCUUUAUGGAGUUGGUUUUGGGCAAAAUAAACCCUCAGAAGGCUUUUCUUGCCGGCAAGUUCAAAGUGAGCGGCAAAGUUCUGCUUGGCCGGAAGUUGGAGAGGUUGUUCAAAGACUGGGCUAAAUGUUAA